CAAGCAAAGCCCCUUCUUUAAAAAAAAAAACAAGCGGGUUAUAAAAAUUAGACUCUCUCCAAAAAGUGUGUCUGCAACAUUUACCAAAACGAAACCUUCCUUUGUUGUUGUUUCUCUCCACUUCUUCCUUUCUUUAAAUUGAAUUGUUUUUUGUGCACAAACAGAGAGAAGCUACAUAACGUAAUUUGAGCGUUUUUUUGUCUAUUGCAAUGGAAAGAGAUUUUCUGGGUUUGAGCGACAAGCAGUAUCUGAGUUGUAAUAACGAUGAUGGUGUCGGAGAACGAGGGUUGUUGAGUAAGAAGUCAGCUAGACAAUUGGGGAAGGCAGAGGUUCUUGCUACUUCAAAUUUCAUGCCUGCUUCAGAUUUUCAGGAGGCUAAGGUGUUUCCUGGUGGAUACCAGUGGGGAUCAGUUUCCGCGGCCAGCGUUUUCCGCAGAGGCCAAUUUGGCGGUGCGUUUCAGAACGCGACCCCGCUUUUACUAGGCGGAUCAGUUCCUUUACCAACUCAUCCUUCACUUGUUCCACGAAUGGCUUCUUCGGGAUCAACUCCUCCUCAGCUCACUAUCUUCUACGCUGGAACUGUUAGCGUCUUUAAUGACAUAUCUCCUGAUAAGGCUCAAGCCAUCAUGUUAUGUGCUGGGAAAGGUUUUAAAGUUGAAACUGGAGAGAGCAGCUUGAAGAAACAACAACCCGUUCGAGAGGCUGAAAAAGUGUAUGGAAAACAAAUCCAUAACACUGCUGCUGCUGCAUCGUCAAGCUCUGCCAAUCACAAUGUUAUUUACUCAAAAUGUAGGGACAACAAACACGUUGAUGUUGCCACGACUAAUGCCAUGAGCAUGAUCGAAUCAUUCAAUGCAGCAGCUCCUGGAAACAUGAUUCCUUCAGUUCCACAAGCUCGGAAAGCAUCCUUGGCUCGGUUCUUGGAGAAGCGCAAAGAGAGGCUUAUGAGUGCAUUGCCAUACAAGAAGAUGCUUCUUGAUUUGUCGACAGGAGAAUCCAGUGGAAUGAACUACUCUUCUACUUCACCUACCUAAAAAUCUUUCUUGAUUUCUUUUUAUAAACCUUUUUGAGGUUUUUUAUUUUAUUUUUACGAUGGUAAUAUGUUAUUUUUAAUCAUUAGAUUAUGAUUAUAGCCUAUACCAUUUAUAUAUAUUUACGUGCGGGAGAAGGCGUUAGGGCGUCUCUGUAUUUGAUCAUUGUUUGUAAUGCUUUGAUCUAUUAUUGUAGGAUUAUUACUUUAUAACCUUAAGCAAUAACAGAUAUACGUUUGUCAUGUCUGUCAAGAAUUUAAGAUCGAAUAAAUAUUCACUAUUGUUAUUAAA